AAAGAAUCUCCCUUCUUUUCAUUUUCUUUCUAUCUCUCUCUCUCUUUUUUCUUUCUUCUCUUUUGACUUGUACAACAUGAUGAAUAACUAUAUGUCUAGUACAAUCAACACAACUCAGAUUGUAUCUCAUAAUCCUGAAGCAAUGUUAGGUAAGGAUGAGAUCAAUAAAAUAAAAUACAGGGGUAAUGUCUUACAUUACUUUAGCCUUCACUACAUUGACAGCGACUAAUUUACUGAGUUGUACUAACAAUAUCAAUUGCAAAUCACUACCGCCAUUAAACGACUUUAUUCAAAAUCUUUAUCACAAGAAAAAAAGAUUGUCAUGUGCAGUGAAAGUAUUCACACUUAUUUAUUUGUUACGCUUGAAAUCAAAGUUACCAGAUAAUGCACGAGGCGGACCUGAUACACCCUAUCGACUGUUCUUGGCUGCUCUUUUAACCAGCUCAAAAUACUUGUCAGAAUCAGGCACUGGUUUAACAAGUACACAACUCUCUUCUUUAGUGCAUCACGCCUAUACUCCUAAAGAAAUCAAUCGCAUGGAAAGAAGCUUUUUGGGUUUAUUACGCUAUGAUCUCUGGGUUUCAAGUAAAGACAUUCAAUCGUUUAUUGAGCACUAUGGUAGUUUUAUUCAGAUUGACAUUCACCAUGUCUAUUUACCUCUUCAUGGUGUUUCUUUGUCUCAAAAGACACGUUGUGCUUUAGACUCAAGUGAAACUACAAAUAUAAGUAGUAAUAAUGAUGUAUCAACAACAACAACUACAGCAACUACAGCUACAGCAUCAGCAACGGCAACAACAAUACCAAACACAGUAACAACCGAUACCAACAACAAUACUAUAUCUUAUCCUGUUUAAAUCAUUUCUUUUGUAAAUAUUCAUUUUUCUUUUCGUAAAUAUGUAAUAAUUGUCAUUUGACAACCUCCUGUGGAUGUACAAAUAUGUACAUUCAUAUAUAUAUAUAUAUAUAUAUCAUCUUACAUAAUAAACAUCUUUAUUAUUUAAUUAAGAACCAAUCA